AUGGUAGAAGGCACUUUAAGUCUUAUGCCUUCCUUUACUUCUUCAGAUGAGAAUGUUUUGGGAGCUAUUGAUUCCUACUUGCGAUCAAAUAUAGAACAAGAACAAGAGUUGAUGAUUCGAGUAAAAUUAUGUGAGUCUAGUAUACGAGAUCUUCAGUCAACUGUUCAGCGUAUGACGGCUAGUCAUGGGGCUUUUACUUCUCUACAAAGAAUAGAUAGUCCCAAGGUUUCUAAUAGUAGUAGUAGUAAUAAUAAUGCUCUAGCGGCUGAAGAGAAAGAUGAUGAAAAUGAGGCAGAAAAGAUGUGUGAUUACUGCUUCAAGUUCACUCGCUGCUUAUCUUGUCCAGAGUGCCAUCGUGAGUGGUAUUGUAGUAGUCCUUGUCGUCGACUGCGAGAUCACCUUCAUCGUUCUAUUUGUCGCCGUCGAAAAGGUAAUUACAUAAUUCAGGGUUCUGCUUGA